UGCAGCACUGCCGGCUGAUAGAUAAACUGACAUGUUGAAUCUGCCUUUACAACUCUCUUUCCCUGGAUAUUGGAUCUCAAUUCUGGAUAUUUUAAAUUGACUUUAAUGCCAAGGGAAUGCCAAGUCUGGUCCAGCACGAGGCUUUGCACAUCUGUUUACCAGGACAGAGAUUGAGACCUGUCACCAGAGAUAGAGUCCUGUCACCAGAGAUAGAGUCCUGUCACCAGAGAUAGAGUCCUGCCACCAGAGAUAGAGUCCUGUCACCGGAGAUAGAGUCCUGUCACCGGAGAUAGAGUCCUGUCACCAGAGAUAGAGUCCUGUCACCAGAGAUAGAGUCCUGUCACCGGAGAUAGAGCCCUGUCACCAGAGAUAGAGUCCUGUCACCAGAGAUAGAGUCCUGUCACCAGAGAUAGAGUCCUGCCACCAGAGAUAGAGUCCUGUCACCGGAGAUAGAGUCCUGUCACCGGAGAUAGAGUCCUGUCACCAGAGAUAGAGUCCUGUCACCAGAGAUAGAGUCCUGUCACCGGAGAUAGAGCCCUGUCACCAGAGAUAGAGUCUUGUCACCGGAGAUAGAGUCCUGCCACCAGAGAUAGAGUCCUGUCACCAGAGAUAGAGUCCUGUCACCAGAGAUAGAGCCCUGUCACCAGAGAUAGAGUCUUGUCACCGGAGAUAGAGUCCUGCCACCAGAGAUAGAGUCCUGUCACCAGAGAUAGAGUCCUGUCACCAGAGAUAGAGUCCUGUCACCAGUGAUUGAGCGCUGUCACCGGAGAUAGAGUCCUGCCACCACAGCUACCGAGGCCUUAUCUAACACUGUAGCAGAAGCUUGACAACUACAGACCGUUCCGCAGAGGAACCACCAAGCAAAGUCCAUUAAUAACAAAACUGACAGUUUCAGUUCUCUGGAGUAAAGGAUCAGAGGUCACUGAGAGCGAGACAGAGUCCCUGCCAAGGAUUAUGCCAGUUUAGCCACCCUCAGCAUCUCCGGCAGACAGCGACUCUAGCGGUGCUAACAUAGUCCCUCUCCAGCGGUAACCAUGGACGACCCAUGGCAGAACAACGUGAACCAGCAGGGCACUGAGAUCCCCACCUACGGGGAGGGGGGCGGCCAGGAGUACCCCUACCAGGCUGACUUCCCCAAACAGGAGGGAGAGGGGGACGAGGACGCUAGGAGUGAUGCCACGGAGGGUCACGAUGAGGACGCAGAGGCCAUGUACGAAGGAGAGUACCAGGGGAUCCCCCACCCUGACGAGAUCAAGGCGGCCCAGCGGGCGGCCAGGGCUGAGGCCAGGAAGAAGGCCAGGCUGGCAGCGGCGAUGCCGGAGGAGGAGGACCUGGCCGAACAGUAUGAGAACAUCAUGGAGGACUGUGGGCACGGCCGCUUCCAGUGGACCCUGUUUAUCGUGCUGGGCAUGGCGCUGAUGGCAGAUGGCGUGGACGGAUUUGUGGUGGGCUUCGUGUUGCCUAGCGCUGAGAAGGACAUGUGCUUAUCCAACGCCAACAAGGGCAUGCUGGGUCUGUUGGUGUACGUGUCGAUGAUGGUGGGGGCAUUCGUCUGGGGUAGCCUGGCGGAUAAGAUGGGCCGUAGGAAAUGUCUGAUCUACUGUCUGGCCAUCGACUGUGUCUUCAGCUUCCUGUCCUGCUUUGCUCAGGGAUACGGAUUCUUCAUUUUCUUCAGGAUCUGCUCCGGCUUCGGGAUCGGAGGGACUAUCCCGAUAGUGUACACCUACUUUGCAGAGUUCCUCCAGAUGGAUAAGAGAGGGGAGCACCUUAGCUGGCUGUGUAUGUUCUGGAUGUUGGGUGGACUCUAUGCCUCCUUCACCGCCUGGGGAAUCAUCCCACACUACGGCUGGGGCUUCAGCCUGGGGACUGAGUACCAGAUCCACGGAUGGAGAGUAUUCAUCCUGGUCUGUAUGUUUCCAGCCAUUAUUGCCCUCGUCGGACUGGUCUUCAUGCCAGAAAGCCCACGCUUCCUCCUUCAGAAUGGGAGACAUGACGAGGCCUGGAUGAUUCUGAGGCAGGUCCAUGAUACCAACUGGAAGGCCAAGGGAGAACCAGAGAGGGUGUUCACCGUGUCCAACAUCGCGACUCCUAAGACCCAGGAGGAUGAGUUCAUUGAGAUCCAGAGUGACACUGGCACAGCCUUCCAGCGCUGGACCGUCAGACACACCAACCUGCUCAAACAGGUAAUGCAGAACGUGAUGUCCCUGGCAGCACCAGACCUCAGACUGCAGGGUCUGUUCCUGGCUAUCGUCUGGUUCACCAUGGCCUUCAGCUACCACGGGCUGUCGGUGUGGUUCCCUGACAUGAUCAAGUACAUGCAGUAUGAGGAGUACGAGUCCAAGGUGAGACUCUUCCAUCAAGAACGAGUCGAGCGAUUCCACUUCAACUUCUCCCUGGUCAACCAGAUCCACAAAGAGGGAGAAUACAUCCACGACAAGUUCAUGAAUAUAGAGAUCAAGUCGGUGAAGUUUGAAGAUUCCCUGUUUGAGAACUGUUACUUUGAGGACAUCAGGUCGACCAACACGUACUUUGAGAACUGCACCAUCAAGAACACGGUCUUCUAUAACACAGACCUUUGGGAAGACUCCAAGUUUAAAGACUGUCGGAUGGAGAAUGCAACGUUCCUCCAUCCGAAGAAAGGCUGCCAUCUAAACUUCCAGGAGGAGAAUGACAUGGUCAUCUACAUGGUCAGCUUUCUGGGGAGCCUAGCAACCCUGCCGGGCAACAUCCUGUCAGCCCUCUUCAUGGACAAGAUAGGAAGGAUAAAGAUUAUAGGUGGUUCUAUGCUGAUAUCAGCAGCUUGUACGUUCCUCCUGCUACUCAGCUUCAGUCAGGGGGCAGUUAUAUUAUUUCAGUGCCUCUUCUACGCUACCAGCGUCGCUGCCUGGAACGGACUGGAGGUUAUCACAGUAGAAAUCUACCCUUCUGAUAAAAGAUGCACAGCGUUCGGAGUGCUGAACGGUACCUGUAAGCUGGCAGCCAUCAUUGGCAGCGUCAUCUUUGCCAAGUUCAUCGGCAUCACAAAGAUCAUCCCCAUUUUCCUGGCAUUCGCAGCGCUGGUCUGUGGAGGCCUGCUGGCCACUAAACUGCCCGACACACGGGAGAAGAUCCUGGAGUGAAAACAGCCAAACAUCUACAGCAUCAAGGGUUUGCAAGAUUCCUGUAGCUUUCCAAAAUUCCCAGGUUUUCAAUAAAUCUUGGUUGGAGGAUUCCCGGAUUUCCUGCUUAAACGUGGGAAUUUGGGGAAAGUUAGCGGAAUUUUGCAAACCUUUACAGCGUCACGGCCAAAUAAAGCUGUCUGUACAUAUAGGUUGGUCCAGUUGGGAGAGAGACUUUCACAUGCGAUGUGAGCCGUGUGUGACAGAAUAGGGGCUGGGUUUUCUGUUCCCAUGGUGAUGUGAGCCGUGUGUGACAGAAUAGGGGCUGGGUUUUCUGUUCCCACGGCGAUGUGAAGAACGUGUGGUACCCUCAUCAAGACAUGUCACCAUUUUACAUUGUUUGAAAUUGUGUUUUUCUUCUGUACACCUUAAAAUGCCGUCCCAUUAGUGGAGGAGACAUCACUCUUUAUUUGGUAUGUUUGAUUUGUGUUUAAAUGAUUUGAAAUGAAAAUAAAGAAUAUGUGCUUUGAUUUCAAAACAAACUAUUCAGGAAAGGUAUUGUUAUGGGCAUUGGAUUGGCAUUUGGGUUGCAAUUCAAGACGGCUAAGGUUUCAAUGUACUGCUAUUGUACGAUUCAGAACCAAUGUUCCAUUUUCCUUGUUCCAUUCCAUUUUGUGAUAAGAACUUCCAUCUCCGGCAGCUCAGUGUUUGAAUUGGAACAUUUCCUCUUUGCUCUUUACCUUUCACCUGGUCAUGACACUGAAUGUGGUUCAGAAUCCCCUCCAUUCUAGAUACUGAUUUUAUUAAAUCCUGUCUUGUUUGUGUUCUGUCUCUCCUUUUCAAGUUGAGCUGUGUUCUAGAUACUGAUUCUAUUAAAUCCUGUCUUGUUUGAGUUGAAGCUCUCCUUUUCCAGUAGAUAUUGAUUAUAUUAAAUCCUGUCUUGUUUGUAUUCAGUCUUUCCUUUUCCAGUAGAGAUGUGUUCUAGAUACUGAUUUUAUUAAAUCCUGUCUUGUUUGUGUUCAGUCUCUUCUUUUCCAGUAGAUAUUGAUUUUAUUAAAUCCUGUCUUGUUUGUGUUCUGUCUCUCCUUUUCAAGUUGAGCUGUGUUCUAGAUACUGAUUCUAUUAAAUCCUGUCUUGUUUGAGUUGAAGCUCUCCUUUUCCAGUAGAUAUUGAUUAUAUUAAAUCCUGUCUUGUUUGUGUUCAGUCUCUUCUUUUCCAGGAGAGCUGUGUUCUAGAUAGUGAUUAUAUUAAAUCCUGUCUUGUUUGUGUUCAGUCUCUUCUUUUCCAGUAGAGCUGUGUUCUAGAUAGUGAUUAUAUUAAAUCCUGUCUUGUUUGUGUUCAGUCUCUUCUUUUCCAGUAGAGCUGUGUUCUAGAUAGUGAUUAUAUUAAAUCCUGUCUUGUUUGUGUUCAGUCUCUUCUUUUCCAGUAGAGCUCUGUUCUAGAUAGUGAUUAUAUUAAAUCCUGUCUUGUUUGUGUUCAGUCUCUUCUUUUCCAGUAGAGCUGUGUUCUAGAUAGUGAUUAUAUUAAAUCCUGUCUUGUUUGUGUUCAGUCUCUUCUUUUCCAGUAGAGCUGUGUUCUAGAUAGUGAUUAUAUUAAAUCCUGUCUUGUUUGUGUUCAGUCUCUUCUUUUCCAGUAGAGCUGUGUUCUAGAUAUUGAUUCUAUUAAAUCAUGUCUUGGUUGUCUGUUGCCAUGACAAUGUAAGAAACUAUUUUUUUUCUAAAAUUAUGUGAAAAUGUGAGUUUAGACAUUUUUAUAUUUUGCUCUAUUCUGAUGUAUCGUUUACAGCAGUGUUUCCCAACUCCAGUCCUCCAGU